UUUUAUUUUCCCCAAGUUAUACACCCUUGAUGCCAGUUCUUUAAAUAAUACCGUCCAUUCGGGCUUAGAAUGUGUCUUUUUCAAUCGCCUCGAAAAGGUGGGCUCCCAGUCAUUGAUGACUCUUCUGAGGCAAUUGUCCGAGGUGAAUGAUUACACACCCUAUGUCAAUGAGGAGGGUGUACCCAAUCCUGUACUACUCCCCGAAAAACUUCAGCGUGACAUUGCCGAAGAAAUUGCUGAGGUGGGCCAGCCAAUGUCCUAUGUCGAACACAUCAAUUGGAUAAAUUUCACAAAAUUUGAUCUACCCAAACCAAUUUAUGUAAAUAUGGUACGCCAUCCCAUACAGAAGGUUAUGAGUGCCUACUAUUACAUACGUCAUCCGACGGUAUUUGGUUAUUAUUUGAAACACAGUGGCAGGAAAAUGGAAAAUAGAGAAUGGUUCGAUACCUCCUUCAAUGAUUGUGUCAAACAGGCCAAGAUACCGGAUUGCAUAUUUGAGCCACACAUUGACCAUAACCAAGAUUGGCGUCGUUUCUCAUUGCAUUUAUGUGGAAAUCAUCCGGAUUGCUUAAACUUUAAUUCACCCGUUGCAACUCAAAUAGCCAAACAGAACAUCGAAAGAGAAUAUGCUGUUGUGGGUUCCUGGGAAGAUACCAAUAUUACCCUGACCGUAUUGGAACAUUAUAUACCUAGAUUUUUCCGGGGAGCCACUGAAAUGUAUUACAGUGAUAAGAGCGGUAAAUUCAAGAAGAACGCCACACCCCACAACACCAAUCUGGAACCGGAAGUUGAGGCCAAACUGAAAAUACAAUUUUCCUACGAAAUUGAAUUGUAUAAUUUCUGCAAACAGCGUUUGUACAAACAAUACAUUGCCAUCAAGAAGGAAGAGCUAAUGGCGAAAUUUAAUCUGUUUUCUUUAAAUCCCGAUGCAUUGAAUAAUACCAAAAAAGCUCAAACGGAUGUGUUAUUCUUUAAUCGUGUCCCCAAAACUGGCAGUGUUCAGAUGGUAGCUCUUUUGAAAAAAUUAGGUACUCUUCAUGACUUUGAGGUAGAAGUUGAUCCGCAACAGGGUGGCAUACGCAGCAUACUCGAAGAUGAUGAAGUUGAAAAUCAAAUCGAUAAUAUCAAUAAUUUGGACGAGGGUACCGUCUUUGUUAGCCAUGUGAAUUAUAUGAAUUUUACCGAUUAUGAUGUGGAUCGUCCGAUCUAUAUGAAUAUGGUUCGUGAUCCCGUGGAAAGAGUCAUUAGCUGGUAUUAUUAUGUUCGUUCGCCAUGGGUGUUUGUACCAAAGCGGCGUCAAAGUAAUCGUCCCAUGCCAAAUCCUAAAUGGGCCAAUACCGAAUUUGAUCAAUGUGUGCUGAGUAAGGACAAGGUCUGUACUUAUAUAGAGGGUUCCGGAUUCGAGAGAGCCGGUGAUCACCGCAGGCAAACAUUGUUUUUCUGUGGCCACAAUGAGCACAAGUGCAUGCCCUUCAAUGCCCGUCUACCCCUGGAAAUUGCUAAACGCACUGUGGAACAGGAAUAUGCUGUGGUAGGCACCUGGGAGGAUACCAAUGUUACGUUGACGGUAUUGGAAAAUUACAUCCCUCGUUAUUUUAAGGGGGCAUCGAAAAUGUAUUACCUGGAUUUGGCCAACGACCACAAAAACAGUAAUCCCAUGAAACCCCACAUCAGCGAAGAAAUUAAGAAUAUGGUGCGUCGUAAUUUCACGCGUGAAAUUGAAUUCUAUCAGUUUUGCCGACAACGCCUGCACAAACAGUAUUUCGCCUUGAAACAAAAGGAGUUGCGUGAGAUGGAGGAAAAGGAUAACCAAAGGAAGUUGACAUUCUUGAAUAAGGCCCUCUUGAGAUUGAAUUGAAAA